CAGCUGUAGUUGCUCUGCGCAUGCGCUCUUGUUGCAGAGGCUGGACGCCGUCUGCUCUGCUUUUGUCGGGACCAUCGAUGAUAUACGACUUUCCAUCGAGUGCUUUUCCAAAUUGCAAGACAUUAACAGCACUAUUCACAGUGUUUUUCUGCUUAUAAACACUUGUUAGUGUGUUUUAAAUCACCAGCCAGCGCUUGUUUCAUCGUGUCCUGCUUCAAGAGGACAGAAGUGAGGAUCUCCUGGAUAUAUAAACAAAACGCAGCGAGCUGCUGCUUCUUUUUAAGGUGGCACGACAGAGACAGCUGCAACAACAACACUAACUUAUCAACUCUGCGAUGGAAACCACCGUGCAGCUUUGUUAGAGGAGUUAAAUCUCCCAAAACGUGCAUGCGAACAUGAGAGAAGAGGACAGCUUGUUGUCAGGAAGGCAGCUCAUGGCCAGUGGAAGAGAGGCUGAACAUCUCUGCUGCUGCUGCUGCUGCUGCUGCUGCCUCGACUCCACAGAGGAGAAGGGUGUCCUCAGGCCUCCUGCUCAUUUGUAGUAUAUAAAACCACAUUUUUUGGCACAAAAUGGAAACGGUGGGGAAAUUUGAGUUCAGUCGGAAGGACCUGAUAGGACAUGGUGCAUUUGCAGUCGUCUUCAAAGGCAGAAACAGAGAGAAACACGACUGGGAGGUGGCAGUAAAGUGUAUCAACAAGAAGAACUUGGCCAAAUCCCAGACACUGUUGGGGAAAGAGAUCAAAAUACUCAAAGAGCUGAAACAUGAGAACAUCGUUGCAUUACUGGACUUUCAGGAAACUGCCAGCUCAGUGUACCUGGUAAUGGAGUAUUGCAACGGGGGCGACCUUGCUGACUACUUACACUCCAAAGGCACGCUGAGCGAGGACACUAUUCGGGUUUUCCUGCAGCAGAUUGCGGGAGCCAUGAGGGUCCUACAGGGCAAAGGCAUAAUCCACAGGGACCUCAAGCCCCAGAACAUUCUGCUCUCCUACCCGCCAGGACGCAAGUCGCACUCCAACAACACCUGCAUCAAGAUCGCGGACUUUGGCUUUGCCAGGUACCUUCAGAGCAACAUGAUGGCGGCAACACUCUGUGGGUCCCCUAUGUACAUGGCUCCUGAGGUCAUUAUGUCCCAAAGCUAUGAUGCCAAGGCUGACUUGUGGAGUAUAGGAACCAUAGUGUUUCAGUGCCUGAUUGGGAAGGCUCCUUUUCAGGCUAGCAGUCCCCAGGACCUCCGGCUGUUCUACGAAAAAAACAAGACUCUCAGCCCCAACAUCCCCAGAGAGACUUCAAGCCAUUUGAGGCACCUGCUGCUGGGUCUGCUGCAGCGCAACCACAAGGACCGCAUGGACUUUGAUGAGUUUUUUUGUCAUCCUUUCCUGGAGGCUAGCUCAUCCAUGAAAAAGACAACUCCUACUGUGCCCAUGACCUGCUUCCCAAGCUCUGCAUCAGCCAGCUCUUGUAGCAGCUCCUCCACCUCUCACCUCGCUUCACCACCGCAGUCUCUUGCUGAGGUUCAGCAUUUGCGUGCCAAAGCUCUGACCUCCCCUACCCAGGAGGCCGCUGGUUUUCUCCUCAAGGACUCGUCUGGAGGUGGCGGCAGCAGCAAGAACUCCUCCUCCUGUGACACAGAUGACUUUGUCAUGGUGCCUGCUCACUUCACCACGGGUGAGCUGACAUGUGAGAGUAAAGUGCUGCCGGACAGCCUGAUAAACAGCGGCUCUCUUCUGGCUUCUGCUGGUCUGUGUAGCCAAGUCAAAUCUCCAACACAUUCACCUUCCUGCAGCGGGUCUCCAAGUCCUGUCAGGCCCAGCGAGUUCUCGGGAAGCAACUGUGGUGGUAGCUAUGGAAACCAUGGUCACUCAUUGCCUAUCCCAGUCCCCACCCAGGUCCAGAACUACCAGCGCAUGGAGCAGAACCUCCAUUCUCCCAAACAAGACGGCUCGCCAAGGCUGUCGACACCGGUGCGUCGUUGCAGCAGUGGAAGCUCGAUGGGCUUUGCUCGGCCCGGACCUUCGCCGCCGUACGGGCAGGGAGCGGUCACCACCAAUCGUAGGCUUUCCCUGGGAGGCGCCAGACCUUUCCAGCUCUCCCCUCAAGCUCCUCAGCACGCCGAAUCCCGGCCCACUUCUCAGCAACACCCACUGCUGACGGGGCUGGGCACGCGGCUCCACAGUGCCCCCUGUUUGUUGGAGUGCGCCAGUGGCGGCGUCAGGCAGAAGAUCAGGAAGCAGCACUCGGACCCGGUGGUGGCCCCGUCGGCAGGCCUGAUGGCGCUCCGCCCUCUGCACUCUUCCCCCAGACUCAGUGAGCUGAUGCAGCGUAGCCCCCUCCCCACCAUCCUGGGCUCCCCGUCCAGGGCCAUCCCUCCAUUUGAAUUCCCCAAGCCCCCCAGCUCUCCGAACCUUGUGACCUUCCUGACACAACAGGGUUUGGUCAUUGGCUCCCCUUGCAGCAGGACUGCCCCAGCGGAGCUCAGAGACGCAGGACAACAAGCGCUUACGCACAUCACCCAGCCUGCCCACUGCAUCCACAGACUGAAUGAUGAUAAAGGCUUUAUAAGCAGGUCUCAGAGUGCAGGUCGUCUGUCCGACAUGCUGCUGAUGGCUGCAUUUGGACCAGGUGGACCUGCGGGUGACCGAGGCAGCACAGAGAACCUGACCUCUGAAAAAGCCAUAGACAUAACAGUGCCCCCCGGUGGUGGGGGAGGCUUUGCACCCGGCUCCAUCAGCCCAGCACAGGUGGUUUUCACUGUGGGCUCUCCUCCCAGUGGCAGCACCCCACCUCAUACCUCCAGACAGAGGAAAUACUCAGGCUCGUUCACGUCAGUCAGCCCCGCAGGCUCCUUCACAAGCCGCUACCCCCAGACAGGCGCCUAUCUGGAUGGCUUUGAGGCUCCCUCCAGUCCUCGCUACAGCUUCACUGAUCCUAUCACAGCCAACAUGGGCGGUCAUGUAACCUUUGAGGCUCCUGAGCUGCCUGAGGAGACGCUGAUGGAGCAAGAGCACACAGACACCGUGCAAAGCCUGCGUUUCACGUUGGAUUUCGCCCGCUGUCUGAUGGAGGUGGCUGGAGCCCGCGGGGUCGCGACGUUGGCGGAGCAGGCGGACUUUUCUCAUCCCUCUAUCCUUCAGCCGCAGAGCCUGGUAGCAGAUCAGAUAAGCUCACUGAGCCGAGAGUGGAGUCAUGCAGAACAGCUGGUUCUCUACCUUAAGACUGCAGAACUCUUGUCCACCGCCUUACACACAGCCAUGGAGCGAGUCAAACAGGGCAAACUCUACCCAUCCUCGACGGUCAAGCAAAUCGUGAAGAGGCUGAACGAGCUGUACAAGUCCAGCGUGGCGUCCUGCCGCGCGCUCAGCACCCGUCUGGAGCGCUUCUUUUCCAGGAAGCACCGUCUAAUGGACCAAAUCACCUCCAUCACGGCUGAGCGGCUGCUGUUCAGCCACACUGUGCAGAUGGUUCAGACUGCCGCACUUGACGAGAUGUUCCACCAGGGGGAAGCGUCAAUACUGCGUUACCAUAAAGCUCUCCUGCUGAUGGAGGGCCUGUCUCUGCUGCUCACUGAACAGGACGACAUCCUCAGUGUUAGCAAAUGCAAGGAGUGCAUUGAACGGCGCCUCACAGCUUUGCAGUCAGGACUCUGUGUGUGAGAGUCCCUACGCUGCUUCUCGGAAGCGUGGAUAUGAUGUCAGUCAUUUUGCACCCUGCACAUUACCAACAAAACCAAAUCUCCUGACACAUCUCAUGGCUUUCACUUUAGUUUUCACAAGAAAACCACAAGGCUUCAGUUUCCCCUGAACCUCCAGAUGCUUGUGCGCUCCAAAUGGCUUUGCCAUUCAUCUCAAGUUCUGGACAGCGGCAGUGACUUCACUGAACACUGAACUCUAAACCAGUGUUGGACAUGAAGCACGUGUGCUCUUGUCUGUGUGAGAGGACUUGAAAAAGGGUGUUUGUUGCCAAGAAGGAGAUUCCCCUCACAGCAGUUAUAUUGCCAAGUAGUCACAUACCCACACACACAAUACUUAUCUCAACAUAAACAGAUAGCGUUUUAAGAUGUGCAAUAGGCAACUUUAUAGACAAAAUGUUAUCUUUUACCAAGACCAGUAGCUGGAGGGAGAGUACAGUGUCCUGCUGUACACCUACAUACAGUAAGGACGUGUGCUGACGAAGGGCGGGAACGGCCAAGUAUCAUUCUCAUCAGAUGUAUGUUCGUCUUUUACCCCUUGUUUGCUUUCCUGGGUUUCUUUUUUUUCUGGUAUUUAUCUAAUUGUUACUUGCUUGCUGAAGGAAAGUUUGAAUAGCAAUGCUACAGUUGGUGGGUGGAAGCGCAUACAAGUACUAUUACAAAACUGUUGCCAAAAUUAAAUGUAGUUUUGUUUUGUUUUGUUUUAUUUAAGGUAACUAUGCUGGUUUAGAAAAAAAAAGAUCCCUGUGUUUGACACUUUACUGAUUCUGUACUUGCUUAAUGUUAAUGUUCCAUCAUUGAAACAAUGAUGCAAUAGGGAUUUUUAUUUAAAAAUGGUGGCUGGUAUUAAAGCAACAGGCAGAAAAUGGGUCCAUAAAACACUCACUAACCUACUGCUACAUGCAAAAUAUAGCUUUUAAUUCAACAGGGACUGAAACUGGUCUGUUAGCAUCCCUGAUUACGAUCAUGCUGCAAUAACCUGGGAUGUAUUUUUUCAGGUAUACAGAAGCUUAGGUGCUGCUGUUGCUGGUAAUGCCUUCACACGAUUCCAUAUUCUGUCUGAUUUAUAAUGUCAUCAAUCAAAUCAAUCACUUUGGAGUUUAGCAAGUAUAAUCAAAUUUGAAUGUAGGGCUGACGGAAGAGAGUCUUAGGCCCAGUGUUACUAAAAUUUAAGUUUAUCCCGAGGUUAACGUCUGAAUAUUUUUUGCACUGUUGAAGUACUGUAUAGGACGAUCGUGAGUGGAACAUGCUAAACGUGUCCAGUUCUUUUUUUUUUUGUAGAUACCUUGGCAGAUUUGCUUAUUUAGGGAUUUCUAUUCCAUGCUUUUAUUGCAGUUUUUUAGUUGUAUUAUAGUUGCUGUUAGAUGUGAGAAUGCUGACACAGAUGGUAUAAGCUAUGACACCUUAGAGAAAGAUUUCUUUAAAAAAGGAAAAGAAAAAAAAAUUGCUUUACAUUGAAAAAUGAUUCAAUUGUGUUGUGUUUCGGUUUCAGAGUAGUCAGUGGGUGGCGAUUGUGUUUGAUUUUUGAAAAGUGACCUGUUUGAUUUGGAGUGCUAGUUGAAAAAUAUGUAUUUUUCCUGAAAUAUUUGUGUAUUGUUGACCUUUCGCCACAUAUCUCAACAGGGUAUCUUUUACUCCACCUUAAAUUGUGGUCCGAUGGGAAGGGUCUACUUUGGUUGGUGUCAAAGAGAAGCUUGUGUGCAUGCAUGCAUGCAUGUAUGUGUGAAAUGAUGUUUGAUGUCUUAAUGGACAGUGGGAUUUGUUCUGUACAGAACUAACGACAUUGCUCUGCGACAAGAUGUGAGCAAUUUGAGGACCCUUUCUUUUCCCAUGAGGUGUAUUUCCUCCUGCCUUUUUUAAGUUGAGAUGGUGACAUAUUUUUAGAAUACGGUUUUGAUGUAUGGCCAUGGCUGAAGAUAGUUUACGCUGAGAUUUUUUUUGAAGCCAAUAUAGUAGCAUUGUCAGCGGAACAGAAAGGAGGAAAGGUUUUUUUUCUAUGUGAGGAUUUCUCUAAAUAUACAUUAUUUGCUUUGUGGCCUUUUGUCUGAAUUUUUUCUGUAUUUUUUUUGUAUGUAUUAUUCUACUGAGAGCAAUCCUCCGCGUGUGCAAUGUUUGUUUGAGUGUACAUUCCUAAUAUCGACACAUCCACAGCCUCUCUCUGUCUCUUACACAUGCUGUUCUUUUUCAGAUAGCAGAAAGUGAUGACAUUUUACCUUUUGUAAAACUGAUGCAUGUGUCACUUUUUAUCGUUCCCUACAAUCAUUGCUAUCAGCCACCCUAAAACGAUGAGUAUCUGGGGUCUAGGAGUCAAAUGAAAGAUAAUUUGUGCAGCCGUUGAAAUAAUUAGUACAGCAGGUUGGUGUAGUAAGUACAGAAACAGUGCCAUGCUAUGACAAGCCUGUGUCCACUCUGCUGAAGUGUCCUUGAGCUAAAUACUUACUCCCGACCAGCUUCAGGGCUGCUGUUCAAAGUAUCACAGAAAGAUAAAAUGAAGUGUAACGUGUGCACUCCCAUAAUAGAAUCGUCGGUCAUUGAUUUUGAUUAUUCUUUUUGUAUGUUUUGCUAAGAACAUACCUGAAUGUUUUCAUUUUUGUGUUUACUCAUUCUGUAUUACCUGUAAAUAUUGUAAAUUAAGUUAUUGUUGUUAUUGUAUAUAUAUGGCGCAGCGGGCAUGGAGAGAACAGUACCAUACCACCCAUACAUUUCCAAAGAAUAGGCCUUCUGCUGAUCUUCCAUAUUGUCUCUUUACUGUUGCAAACGCAUUUUAAUGUUGUCAUAUCUAUGACAGACACACUAUCUCAGUGUCCCUGUGUGUGAUGUAACCUUUACUGUUUGAGUUGCAAAAUGAAUAAAGACGUGAAAGGAAAAGGUAA